AUGACACCAGCAGUCAGCAGUGGACAGAGUUCAGAAUCAACCAGUCUGUGUCUCUUUCUAUCUAUCUAUCCAUCCAUCUAUCUAUUUAUCUAUGUCAGUCUGUUUCUAUUUAUCUAUCUAUCUAUCUACCUAUCUAUCUAUGUCGGUCUAUUUCUUUAUAUCUAUCUAUCUAUCUAUCUAUCUAUCUAUCUAUCUAUCUAUGUCAGUCUGUUUCUAUCUAUCUACCUAUCUAUCUAUGUCAGUCUGUUUCUUUAUAUCUAUCUAUCUAUCUAUCUAUCUAUGUCAGUCUGUUUCUUUAUAUCUAUCUAUCUAUCUAUCUAUCUAUCUCAGUCUGUUUCUACCUAUUUCAGGAUAAAAUGUAUAUUUAUUAAUCUCUCUCUCUCUCUCUCUCUCUCUCUCUCUCUCUCUCUCUCUCUCUCUCUCUCACUCACUUUCUCUCUCUUUCUCUCUCUCUCUUUAUCUAUCUAUCUAUCUAUGUAUCUAUCUAUCUAUCUAUAUAUAUAUAUAUAA